AUUGAAUUGGGUUUUAAUCAUCAUGUAGUCAAGAUCAUAUCUUUGAUUUUGAAUUUCUUGGAUAAUUUGUUUAUGUUUUGCAUUUAUUGAAUGUUGAUUGUUAAUGGGUAUGCAUCCUUUUUACUUUUCCCUUUACUUUGAAUUGAGUUUUGAUCAAUUUACCCCAAAAAAGGGAAGGUAGAUUGUAAUCUAGAUCAUAUCUUUGAUUUUGAAUUUCUUUGCUGAUUCAUUCAUGUUUUGCAUUUUGUGAAUGAUAAUCGAAAAUGGGUAUGCAUCCUUUUGUAAAUUUUUAAUUAUUUAUGGUAAUCACAAGGAUUUCUUCUUAGUUGGGUUGGGUAAACUUCAUCAAGGUUAGAUUUUUACCCUUCUUUUCAUUAAUUUUAUCAUUCCCUUGUGCUUGAAUUGAGUUUUGAUCAAUUCUCCCAAAAAAAUUAAGGGAAAGUUUGGAUUUAAUAGCUAAAAUUAUAUCUUUGUUUUUUAAUUUCUUUGCUGAUUAUCCAUUUUUGCUUUUUAUUUUUUUUGAAUAUUGAUUGAAAAUGGGUGUGCAUCAUUUUUGUAAAUUAUCAUGGUAAUCACAAAGAUUUUUUUCUUUUGAUUGGAAGAUGGGUAUUUUUCUAUUUUUGAUUUUAUGCACUAUUGUAUCAAAAAUGAUUUCAUGCCUUAUUUGGGUGGAUUUUUUUCAUUUCAAUUGAAGAUAUGCAUAUAAUGAUUCCAUUUUGAGGGCAGAAAUCAGGACUAGUUGUUUUGAGAUUUUACUGGGGUGAUAAUUGAUAUGAUUGGUUGAUUCUCUAAAGAAAAUGGGAGUUAUCUUUAUUUGAUUACUUUCCCUUUAAGAAAAAAUUUUCUUCCUUACUUUUUAAUUGUCAAUGCUAUUUUCCUUGCAAAAUUGUUUUUGAUGAACUGGUUUCUCUUGUUCAGUGUCACCUGAUUCGUUAAUUGUCUCGCGAAUCGUGAAUUGAAAAAAAUGAAUUAUGGUUGGUUUUAGGCUUUUUUGAACUAUUUUGAGCGAAUGACGAAUUCAAAAGGCGAACUAACUAGCGAAUUAUGUUUCACUGCUCUUGUUGUAGGUAAUUGUUGUAUGUAAUUCUUAAAACUUUUGGUAGUAUACUGGAUUAUCAAAUAGUUGUAUUGAAAGUCAUCCACAAUGGCUGAUGACAAUGAUGCAUCACCCGAAGAUUUGGAUCUGGAUGGCGAAGAUAUAAUGAUGAACGUUGAACCCCCAGCCGAAGAAGAUAGAAAAAACAGCUUUGACCAGAGGAAUACGGAUUUUGGCAUUGUUGACGAGGGAGAAGCAGAUAUAGCAAAUAAUGACGACAAGGGCUCCGUACCUGAAAAUUUGGAGCUCGAAAGUGUUGGCGAGAGGAAUAUGGAAUGUGGCAUUCUCGAAGAGGGUAAAAAAGACAAAUCGGUCGAGGGAUCUACUGAGGACGUUGUAAAGAAUUCUUUAACAGAAGAAGCUGAUCCGGCUACUGGUCGAAGAAUGAAUUCUGCUUUGGUUAUUGUUGGUUCAAAUCAUAAGUUCAAUGUUCGUUCUCGUUAUCUUGGUGAUUCCUUUGCUUCGUGUCAUGAUUUCUGCAAAUAUGGGCAUAAACACGAACCUGAGAAGCAAACGAAAAGACUGACAUUGAGAACAAUUAGAGAAUCCCAGCCCUUGAAAAAGACGACUAGCGAUGACUUGGAAGCAUGUGUACUAAAGAAAGUGAUCAGGGAGAAAGAUUUACACCGGCGCCUAUCUCUUCCAGGUCCCAUACCCGAAAAUUCUCCUAUAAUGCGUAUGGAAGGCGGUAGUUUUUCUAAGAAAGAUGUAAAUCUGCCUAAGCUGAAGCGGGUGCAGAGUGAAAUAAAGACAUCUUCGGUUCAGAGUCCUGGGUCUUCGAGCAGAAGUAAGACUGACACGGGUGCUGUCACGAGAACAAUGAGUCAAAAUUUGCGGAAAAGUCCAACCCGAAAAACCCGAGAAGUCAAGACAUGGAAGGUUGUAGGCAGUCGUAGCGUGGGUGAAAAGGAGGUCAAAGAAAAUGGCUUAAUGGGUAGCUCUCCGAAUACUUCAGCUGGUUUUAGCAAGAGUGUAAAGGAGAUUAAAGCAAAGGAGCCGAUGCGAAAUUCUCCAAAGACAUCGGUUGGUUUUAGCAAGAGCGUAAAGGUGAUAAAAGCGAAGGAGCCGAUGAGUAACUCUCCGAAGACACCCUUGAAGAAAUCCUCAAGCUUCAAAGCACGACUUUACAAAAAUCGUAGGAGUUCUUCUUUGUCAAAAGUAGAAGGACUAGAUAGUUUUGAGAAAACUUUGUCUACAAUUGAACCGAUGGCCAACGUCAAACCAGAAACGAAUCCUGAUGAAAAUUUGCAGAAUUCUCCUCUGGCAGCUCGAACCAGAAAAACCCAAGAAUCUAAAAGUACCCGGAAAGGAAUUGGUGCAAGUCUGUUGUCGUUUUCAUCACAAGAGUCUUCUCAACAACAGGGGGAAAAGAAUGGUUUACAGGCAGGAAAGAAUAAACUUCGUAGCAAUAAAACCGAAGACAUUGGAUCCAAAACUAAUACACCUAGAGCAAAAUCAAGUGUGGCUCACAGAUUGACACAAGAUGGUCGGUCGAAACCCAACACUCAACGAGAAAAACCAACUGUUGACCCAAAAUUGAAGCCAAAAAAGAAGGAGAAAACUCAUUCCGAGGAGAAAGAUGCCUCGUCUUGGAAGGUGAAAUUCAAGAGAGGUACCGUGGUUGCUCUUCAGGUGGCGAACAAUGCUCCAAAGAAGCUCCGAUUCAAGAGGGGGAAAAUUUUGGGCGAGGAACAGAAUUCCAAGGCUGAUGUUAAGCAAUUGAACAAUGAGUAUGAUAAGAGUACUGAAUCAAACGAUAAGCUUGGACCGGAGAAAGUUCGUUUGAGACAUCAAGAAGCUUCGGGGAAAAAAGACGAUGUAGAUCUUAACAAUGUCAUCGAAGAGACAGCAAGCAAACUUGUGAAGACGAGAAAAAGUAAGGUUAAAGCUUUGGUGGGUGCUUUUGAAACUGUAAUGUCGCUUCAUGAUCGCAAACGCCCGGUUGAAAUUAGUGAGUCAUGACUUGCAAAGAAGUUUUGAAAUAGUGUGACAUGGUGUGAUGAUAUCCAAAAAUCGUGUUUUACUUUCUUUUUUUCACCCCUUCAUAUAUAUGUUGAUGUAUUUAUUUGUUUUUUAUGCAAUAUUCCUGUAAUGGGUGAGAAAAUUGGAGCAAGUUUCUUGAUUUAUACAAGUGCCUCAUUUCAGUGUC